AUGUCUCGCUAUGAUGAUUAUCGUUCGUCAACGGGGACCCUAGACUCUCGCGACAGACACGACCGAUACUCACGGGGUCCCCCAGUCGUCGACCGACCCCGCCAUGCUGAAGAACGUUUCGAGGACCGCUUCCGCGAAGAAGAGCGAUAUGGCCCCCCUGCGCGUGCACCAGGCAGAAUCUACGAAGAUGACCAUCUAGACUACCCAUCCCCUGCUGGAUCGGUUGUGGCGCAUGACCGGCGCCGACGCCGUGACGAUAGUCCCUCAUUCCGACGGCCACAGCUACUUAGGCGCCAGUCCUCCUUGGACACUUUCGACCGUAUACCCCGGCGUAAGAUGGAGCAACUCGAUGCUCGAGAUCUGGGCCCCCCGCCCUCCCCGUGCUCCUCGUGUCGCUAUCGCGAACGAGAGGUCUAUGAGGAUAUCAGAAUUGCGGAGCCCGACUACUAUGGUGAUGAGGAGUUUAGAGAUAUCCGUGAACGAGAUAUGGUUGAUCGUCGCCGCCGCUCGAGCAGCGCUGCCCGCAGGCAUCAUGAGGAGAAACCCUACCCGCGCAAAGGGAGGACCCGUAUUCCUCGACACCUGGCUCAUGUCCAUGCCAUUUUGGACCUGGGUUACCCGUUCAAGGAGGAGGAUGAUGUCAUUGUCAUUCAGAAGGCCUUGUCGAAGGAGCAGAUCGACGAGGUGCUUAGCUUGAGCCGCGAGUUCAGACGGCCUUCACCGGUACAAACCGAAUACCUUAGAUUGCCGGAGUCUCCGCCUCUCAGGCCACGCGAGCGAGUGACGACCGAACAUUUACGAGUGCAGGCUCCUUCUCCGCGCACUACCCAUGAGGCUUUCAUCGUGGAAGCAUCACCAUCCCGACACCGGUCACGCUCGCGGCACGGUCUGGAGUAUGAUGACUAUGAGGACUAUUAUGAAGAGAUCACAGAGAGGCCGCGAGUGCGGGCGAUCUCCCGUGGACCCCAGCGACGACGGGCCGUAUCAGUCAAUGAUCAUGGUCGUUUGGCCCCUGUGCAGUACGUUGAGCAGCGAGAGACAGACUAUAGCAGGGCAGGUCCGAUGGUCCUCGUUCGCCCGCGCGAUAGCGAUGAUAUGAGCGAGUACGUGCGCCAGCUGGAAGAGGAAACCCGACUUCUUCGUUUGGAGAGGCAGGGUGGGAUCGAGAUCACUCGGCAACGUGAAACGGAUAUCAUUGAUAGUCACGGUAACGAGGAGGAGAUUACUGAGGUGCGGAAGCAGGAGCGCAGUGAACCGAACUCUCGCCUUGUGCGUGCUAUGAUGGCAACCCUGACCUGA